GGGAUUAUCGCAGGAAGAGCGCAUCGGGACGGUAAGUAAGCCCUCUUCUUCGGUUAGGGUUUGGCUAAAGUUGGCUUCUUCUUCGCUGAAAUCUUGCGCGGAAAUCCUGCAGAUGGCGAAAUUGUUUUGGUUGGAGGCCGUUCUUCCGCUUGGGAUCAUCGCCGGGAUGCUCUGUGUGAUGGGCAACGCGCAAUACUACAUCCAUAGAGCUGCUCAUGGGAGGCCGAAGCAUAUUGGGAACGACGUUUGGGAUGUGGCGAUGGAGAGGAGGGACAAGAAGCUCGUGGAUCAGUUCUCUGGUGCCCAAAAUUAGGUAGUGAUUUUGCAUCAGAUGGGUCAUCUUAGAAGCAAAUCCCCCUUUGACAAUAAAUGAGCUUUGCACUUUUAAGAGCUUUGUGUUUGUUGCUUUUGUUCGGACAACUGGCCAAUUCCAGAACUCUAGUCAAGUUUGUAAUUUGAAAUUUUAGUCAAUAAUUCGGAGAGAUGACAUGCAGUUUGGUUUAACAGUUCUACUGACGGCAAUUCGGGUGUCCUGGCUAGAUCCAGCUACAUACAUUGUCGAAAACUUACUGGACUUCUUUGUAGCUUUUUUGAAACUGGUACAGUAUACAAUUUCUUGGUUGUGAUCAUGUUCUUUUUAAUUGGCCUUUUCCUG